GUCAACGCAUGUGUGGUGGGGAGAGUAAAUUAGUACGCCAUCUGAUGUGAUCACAUGAUCGCGUCCGAAAUUGAUCGAAGUUGAGGGAGUGUCUUCUGAAUUUGAUUGUUUCUUCACGAUGUGUCGACAAUUAUUACUUCUCUUUGCUACUUUAGCUGCAGUUUAUGCCAACGACGAAUUUGUCAUUCUUCAUUCACCUGACAGCGUGGAAUUCACUGGAAAUGGCCCGAUUGAGCAAAGCAGUCUCAAAGAGAUCAUGUGCGCGGCUCUUGGUUUCACUGGAAAACAGAAGGACACAGAACACAGCAUUGCUGUAUGGGAUCCAUUUUCAAUGCCUAAAGCAUUAGUUGCUAUACCAAUUGAUGGAAUAGAGUUUAUGCCUUUCUUAAAGGAUAAAACUACAUAUCCUCUGAUUGUUGAUGAAGUAGAAGAAACCACUUGGCAAGCAAUUCGGAGCAGAAUAGAGGAGCGAAGUAACGAUAAUACAUUGAUCAGAAUUAACUUGAGCGAUGGAGUUGAUGCUUUAGGUCAAUCGGCUCUCGGCGAACUCAAGCUAGCCAACAUGGGGAAAUUGAAAGCUCUGAAUUCUGAUGUUGAAGAAGAUCGCAAAUUUAUCGAAGAGAUCCAACUUCUCCAUGCUAUAGCUGACAAAGCCUCUGCGAAGAAACACGAGUGUGGCACAGAUAUUUAUUGGCUAGUAGUAUCGGCGCUCAAGUCAGUUAUGGAUUUUCACGGAAAUACUUCUGCAGCGGCGAAUGAGUCUUAUACGCUACUAAAUGACGCGAUGGAACGUGUCUCUAAUGCUUUUGUCAACACUUAUGAUGGCAAGGUUGUUAUUGUGGCAUUCACGAAUGACGCCAGCAAGAUGAGAAACACCCGCUCUGUUCUUUAUGAGAGGCAACGUAGAGACACGGCUUAUAAGACUAACAAUGUUAAAUCCACUGGUAGAGACAAGGGAACGCCAAUUAGUUCAGACAUUAACGAUAAUUUUUUGGUCAAGCGAGACGGCGAGCGAGACGGACAAAAUAAAGUAAAGGACGAAGAGGAGAUAAAUAGUAUGAGUAGUACUAGCGAGUCCAUCUCUGCCUACAGCACUACUGAAAGCACUACUGAGCAAACUGAAUCUAAGAUAAAUACUAACACACAGACAAUAGGACAGCCUGAGGAGUUUUCCAAUCGCGCAAAAAUUUACACGGAAAACUAUCCUGUCAUCUUCAAUAUAAUACUAUGGUUCGGCGUCGUGUUCUUCUUCUCGCUUUUAGCCAUCUGCAUCGCCAUUGCUGAUAUGGAUCCAGGACGAGAUUCCAUUAUCUAUAGAAUGACGUCGAAUCGAAUGAAGAAAGAUAAUUAAGUGUAAAUAUAUUAUUGUAAUUUUGUAAUAUAUGUUUCUGUGAAAAUUGUACCCUUCAUAACAUCUAGGUAUAUGUACCUGUAAUUUCAGAAAUGAUAUUUUAUGGUAUGUUAUUAUUACUUUAAUUCAUAGAGUUUAAACAGGGAAGUUUAUGUGUUUAGGAUUCUUCGAAUUGAUUAUACAAGUUCAGUGCAAUUGAAUGCAAGGAUGUAGUUAUAUUGUUUGAUUCGAAUGUGUUGAAAUGAUUGUUCGAUUGUUAGGUAAUUCUUGUAAAUUUGUAUAUUUCCCUGAGAACCAGUGAAAAUUGGUGGUCCUAAAUAAAACGUAGUCAAAAUA